AUGGAUCAAGAUAUGCUUGCUGGUGGCGGUCCCGGUCCUCGCAGCGUUUUGGGUUGCGUCUUUCGGGACGAACAAAUAACAAGAGGCCGUGUCCUUGAACAUUGGAGGACGCCUUUCAGUGGUGGUGGUGGUGGUGGUGGUGGCUGGCUGGCGCUGGGCGGGUUCGUCCUCUGUGCCAUCGAGUUACGUCUCGAGGAUGUGGAGGAGCAAAAGUUGAAAACCAACUUCUUCUUCUCUUCUUAG